CCAUCCAUCCAUCCAUGCGCGCUCCCGACGCCCCGUUCACCAACCCUGCGUAAGGAGAGCAUCGCUUCACCAGGACGAAAUCUACGGCAAUUUUCACAUCUUCCAGGAACGACGUGUUUGCAGAGCGUCCUCAACACAAAUGCCCUCCGCUUUAAUGUUUAUUUAAAAGAUGGACAGUGAUGACGUCGAACUGUGAUUGGCUGAUACAUCUCUGAUCACCAUGGCGACCAGGCGUAAAGGGUCUACGUCUAAAGGCGCAGUUCGUUUCCCUGAUGAUGAUGCUCCACCCGGAUCUCCAACGAGACGUGACGACCAAUCAAAUCUCUGCUCCCUCAUCGCCACGAGAGAGAAGGACGGCAGCUACUUAGUCAAGGCUGGUUUCCUGAAGAGUCACCACGUGUAUGAGCUCAUCUUCACUGUCCCGGAUGUCCCUACUUUGGGCAAAGACCUUUCCUGCUCCAUCCCCUCCUCCCCCAUAAGAAGAGCUUCCUACCUGAAGGUCAACUGCGUCAGCUCCACAUUGGAAGGUGGAGUAAAAGUGACGUGUGAAUACAAGACUCACCAGGAGGGGGUGCUGCAGGAGGAGCUAGCGGUACUCACCAAAGGGAAGAGGGACAGCACCUUAAAGGUCAAACUACAGGCCAAGGUCAUAGACCCUCACCACGGGACGCCAAUGCUGCUGGAGGGAGUCAAGUGUCUAGGGCCUGUGAAGGACUGCCACUCAAAACACUGCAGCAAGAGAAUAUAACGACCAUCUGUACUGUAUCAGAUAUGCACUAUAUCAGUGCUUUUUCAUC